AGUUGUGAAACUCUGCAUAUACCUCAGUGUGCACGGCGAAGAUUGAACGUCCAAGACACGUUUUUGAGUGAAAGCGGAACCACUGUUCAAUCCUCAGCAGUUACACAUUUUAAGAAAAGCCAGGGACCAUGCGUUUUAUUUUGAAAUCACAAUCUGGAUUUCCGGUGUUAAGGUCCGUGUUAGAGUUGGCACAGUUUAUGUUUUCCAAUGUAUUUCCACCACUUGGAGUGCUGUUAGUUAUCAUAACCUUGAGUUGCUGUACUUUCACACUCUAGCCGAUACGACAGUAGCAUGUUAUCAGCUCCGGGCCACCCUUUUGUAGCUCAUCGGCUACUUAGUUAGCUCCGUGUAGCCGCUAAUGAGAGCAACCGGCGGUGACACCUGGGCCACGGAAUGCCUCGGAGAAAGAAAAACGGCCAAAGCCCAGCCAGAGUUCCCGGCGGGCCGUCAGAGGGGGGAAGCCUCGGCCAUAACGUGGGUUACCGACUACCUCAGGGAUCUGACGGUGCCAUGGCGAACAACUUUCCAUCCAGCGACUCGCUCUCCAGCUCCGCAAAAGAGAAUAUCGUUAAAAGCAUGCAGGAGAUGUUCUCACACCUGGACCCCGACGUUAUAUACAUCGUGCUGUCCGAGUGUGACUUUAAAGUUGAAAAUGCAAUGGACUCCCUCUUGGAGCUGUCUGUGGCCGCUGAAGUUGCAGCCCCUAUUCCCUCUCCUGUCUCUGGCUUUGAGCGCACUGCUGCAGCCUUGCUCAGCCCUGGACACUUUUCUGAGCCUAGACCAGUCCCAGACUCCUCCAAACCAUCACAGCAGCCCUCCUCUCCUCCCUCCGCCAGCCUCCUGACCGAGGAGCUGGACCUGCUAGUUGACCAGGAGCUAGAGACACUGACCGCGCAGAAAGAUGAUAAGGAAGAGCACCACAGCAACCAGUAUUAUUCUGCUGGUGCAUCCCUUUCCUCUUUCCUGCCACCACCGUUUCCAAAGCAGCCCCUUCCUGAGCUACUUCAGUCUAGUUUGAAGCCUAGAUCUAGAGGGCCCUCUGCUGAGCAAGCAUGCCCAGAGGGACGCUUGGUAGAGCAUAUGUCUGGAGCCUCCUCUCCACUCGACCAGCUCAGCUCUUGGGAUGAUGAGACCUCUGAGAGGCAACAGUCGGUGGUGGAUUUCACACAUCUGUUGAUAGAGACACCUGCAGACAAGCCGAAACCUCCUUUGGACCUUGCAGCUUCAGGACGUCCCUCGGCUUUCCAGGUGUAUAAAAAGAAAGACUCGUCACACAGUCUUUCAGAAGGGGCUGGGGUCAUGCCCUCUGACGCGAUAGUUGGAGGAGCAAGAUCUAAGGUGAGCAUGUUGAAUCGGGAGCCGCUUGACUACAUUUCAUCACCUUGGAACCCGGAGGCACCAGUGUUUUCUCCCCGUAUCCAUGGAAACCAGGGGCCAACCUUCAUUACCCCUGUGGCUCAAACGCCUUCCAACUGGCCCAGGCAUCCCAGGCAUACCUCUCCCUGGAUGAGCCAUGCUCCUGUCAGUCAAGCGCCUCUCAAACCUUCGGCAACUAUUCCAAAGUCCUGGGCCCUGCCUGCCGCGCCACAGUUUCCUGGCCGGUACAGCAGACUUCACUUGGAAGGGAAGGUGCUUGUGCUGCUACGUGGUGCUCCGGGAUCUGGCAAGUCAACCAAGGCAAGAGCCUUGUUAGAGCAUAACCCAGGUGGAGUCAUACUGAGCACUGAUGACUAUUUCGCUCGCCAUGGAAAAUAUCAGUUUGACCCCACUGCUCUGGGGGAGGCCCACGAGUGGAACCAUAAGCAAGCCAAGGAAGCUUUUGAGAGGGGCACUAACCCCAUCAUCAUUGACAAUACCAACAUGCAGGGCUGGGAGAUGAAACCUUAUGUGGUUCAGGCGCUGAAACAUGGAUAUAAAGUGCUGUUCCAAGAGCCAGACACCUGGUGGAAGAACAAACCCAGAGAACUAGAGAGACGCACUACACAUAACGUGCCAGGGGAAACAAUUCGCCGCAUGCUUAAUGGUUACGAGCGCUUUGUCACAGUUCAGUCUAUUAUGGGUUCACAUAUGCCUGAGAGGAAACAGCGCCUCCUUCUGGAGAACAGGUGUUCACAGCUGGUCUCUUCUGAAACACCUUGUCCUGAUCUGGUAGGCCAGCAUGGAUUAACUGAGGCGUGUAAGAAAUCACGCCCUCAGCUGUUUUCCUCUCUCCCUGACGUGUCAGCUAUUGGUCAGUCUAGUGAGGUGGGAAAGUUGGAAGACGGCACACACAAAUCCACUGAGUCACUCAAUUUCCAGCCUACUGGAAGACCCACAGAAAACCCUGAAAUUUCCGAUGGGGAUGAUGACAUGGAUUUGGGGGAGUUAGAUUCUGAGUUGGAUGCUCAGUUACAGCUGAAUCAUUCAGAAGUAGAUCGGAGAAUCCCCGACUGUAUUGUAGAAUCGGUGAUGAACGAAGAUCACCAUGGGGAUGAAAUACCUGUGGCUUUCUGUGAGUCUAUUGGACAGAGGGUGAGGAGAGAGAGGCCAAGCAGGAGGUCGGGUUUUGACAGGAUGGAGCCUGCAGAUCUGGUGAAAGAUGCUAACCAAUCAGAGAGCGAGGCAAAAGAGAAAGAAAAGACAAAUGAGGAGGAAGCAGGAGGAAGGGAUGAGGAAGAAAAGGGAAUGCCUAAAAUGUUGGAUUUUGAAGGGGAUUGGCCUUCUGAAGGGUCCCUCCAGCAGCGACAGGUGAGGAGAAGAGAAAGGCAUAAAGAAGGAAAUGGGAGGGAAGAUGACGGUGUAUCUCAAGAAGUUAACGAAAAUAAAAUGACGGCUCAGCCUGGACCCGAUGUAACAGAGUUUCAGAAGGUUCUCGAUCUCAUUCAGACAGGUGUUGGUGCCAUUCAGACCGGUUCUUCCCGUUCUUCCUCCCUUUCCCUCAGCUCUGGAGAGGAAUUACCGAAAGAAGAGGAGACAGGUGGCAGGUUCGAGGAAUCCUGUGGCAGUAAAUCUAACAGUGAAGAGAGAGAGCAAAACAUGAACAGGGUUAACAACAGCAGAGGUGAAUUACCUGACUGUGUGCUAGACUGGAAAGCAGCUGACUCUUGUAGGGACAGGGAAUCGAAAAUUGAUAAUUGGGAGGAACUUAAAACUGAAAAAGAAGUGAGCAGUACACAUCCUCUCUCAGCUGUCUCUGCUUAUUCAUUAGGUAUGUCCGAAGAUGUACUGGAAAGCCACAGUACCGAGGGGGAGGUUGGUAUGGAGUCUGGUGAUAUGGACACUAAUAGCUGCGGCGAGGAUGGAAGAGAAACUAGAACUGAGGCUGAUGGCAGCCACAUUAGUGAGGUGUGUCAGAGUCCUAUGUGUGAAGGCUCCAUGGAAGCAGAAGGCAGUGCUUUCAGUGGAGGCAGUCAGGAGAGAAAGCAGCGUCAGGGUCGCAGAUCGGGGAAGCAGUGCAGGCUAGCCCUCACCUUCACUCAAAACUGCCCUGGUAGUUCACUGAAUAUUCUUGAUUCCCCCACUACCACAGCUGAAAACAUAGACAGUUGUCAGAAUAGCUUUAACACAGAUGUCGAACCUAGCUUUAAUCCUAACUGUAACACCAGCGAUAACCUUAAACCAAAUGUUGACCUGUUCACCGAGUCCAAAUCUGAGGCACACCUGCAGCCUCCCUCUCCGCCUCCCUCUCCUCCUCCCUCUCUGGUAAACACAUGCUGCGUCACCCAGACAGAACCUCAAGACUUUGCUCUUCUUUGGCGUCUCAGUCGUCAAGACAGCCCUGGUGAUACAGUCGUCACUGGCUGCAGCCACUUCAGUGACUUCACAGUACUCUAUGGCGACUCUUCUCGCUUUGUGCCGGAGCUGUCCUCUGCAGUUUCUGCAGCGGUUGCAGUUCACCCAUCUGGCCACAAAGAGGUACCCUACCGUGUGGUGCAUGAGAGAGGCACACAGGUGGAGGAGAAGGAGCUUGGGGAAACUCAAGACAGGCUCGAGAGCUUGUGCAUCCUCAGCCGUCAUUUUAAACUAGUUAGUUUUGAUACGUUAGAAGAUCUGUAUGACAAAUGCAACCAAGACCUAGAAUGGACGACCAACCUGCUGUUGGACUCUGGAGAGAGGUUCUUUAAAGAUGAGGAUGGCGAGGAGGAAAGGGGGGAGGAGAAGGCUGAGGAUGUUGCUGGGGUUCAAGAUGAUCAGAGAACUUUAGGCGAUGUUGCAGAAACAAGGUUGAGUCCUAAUGUGUUAGAUGAGAGCCACUCUGAAGAGUUGCCAAAGGAAGGGCCAGCUGGGUUUGAGGAGGGGACUCGGCAGUCAUCCUCCGGGACAGUUAGUGAAUCAAAUGAGAGCUCCAGUAAUACUGACUUACCAAGUUUUCAAGGUGUAGCUGCUCCAAUUAGAAACAAAGAUCGUCCUGAUGCGACCCCACACUCUGAAAUAACUUCUAAAACAGAGCAAAGUCUGCCGCCUACAGCCACACAAGAACGAGAUAACACUGAGCACAGAGCGAUAUCAGAACCGGACCUAGAAGGUGGCGCUUGGGGUGGGAGCUUAGAUGAUGGAGUGAUAAUUGAAGAGUCAAGGACUGAGAUUGAAGACGAGAUUGCCAGCAUGGAUGAGGUUCACCGGCUGCUCCAGGCUGAGCUAAUGGAGCUAGAGAGAGAGGACAAACAGAGGAAGGAGGGGAUGACUGAAAGGAGGCACAUGGAGGAGAAAAGGAGCAGACACCUGGAUAUUCAGAGUGUGGAGCUGAAACUACCCACUGAGCUGGCGCUACAGCUAACUGAACUGUUUGGACCUGUGGGAUUAGACCCAGUUACAUGCUCCUUUGACGACUAUGCAGUACAGAUGGACCUGAACCUGGCUAAACUGCUCCACCAGAAGUGGAAGGAAACAAUCCAGGAGAGGCAGAGACAAGCAAAUCUUUCCUUCCACUUGCUUCAAGAAAGUUCAUCACACUGGGGUGACUCACAGGCGACCAAACCUGGGCAACAAGAGCGAACACCGCCACAUUUCCUCAUUAGUGCAGAUGGUUACAUGUCACAGGACGGCCAACCAGAAGCCCGUGGUCGGAUUCCAUUCAUGGAUCACUGGAGCGUGUCUCGUCCACAUGUCUCUCUUAGAGAUAUCAUCAAAGAGGAGCAGGCUUUGCAGGAGAACGUGCAGAAGACCAGACAAAGUCGCACAGACCUGGACCGGCGGGAUGGAGCCACGCUGUUGAAAGAGAAGCAACUGUUCUCCCUCUUCCCCACCAUUGACAGGCAUUUCCUCCAGGACAUCUUCAGAGACCACAAUUACAGCCUGACGCAGACUGAGCUGUUUCUUCGCUCUUUACUGGACGAGGAACCCGUCAAGACGGUUGUUGCCCCAGAGGCUCCUCGGUCUGACCACCACAGAGCAGCCAGCAAAGAGAGGGAGAAGCGGCAGAAGCCUCUAGAGUCAACCAUACCCAACUAUCAGGAUGUGGAGGACCCAGAAUAUGACGACUUCCGGGCCGAGGCCAGCCUGCAGAGGAGCCGACAGCUUGAGAGUUUCGCCAAGGCUGCUGAGGCCUACAAGCAAGGACGCAAAGACGUGGCCUCAUUUUACGCACAGCAGGGACACAUGCAUGGCCAGCGGAUGCGUGAGGCUAAUCACCGUGCAGCGGUUCAGAUUUUUGAGAGAGUCAACUCGUCGCUACUGCCCCAGAACAUCCUGGACCUCCAUGGACUACAUGUAGAUGAAGCCCUGGAGCACCUGGCCCAGGUCUUACAGGACAAAACCACAGAGUGUGAGAAGGGUCUGUGUCGACCUCAGCUCUCUGUCAUCACAGGAAGAGGGAACCACAGCCAGGGGGGCGUGGCCCGCAUCCGCCCCGCCGUUAUAGACUACCUCAGUAACAAACACUACAGGUUCACUGAGCCAAAGCCAGGUCUCGUGUUGGUCUCUUUGAAGUGAGAAGAACCUGGUUUAUAGGAUUUAAACUAAAGCAGCUAAGGAGGACAACACACUCUCUCUCUUCAUCUCAUCCACAUAUAGUUAUUACAGUAUGUACAGUAUGAUACACUCAGCCUUCUUGUUUCUUACUUCUGACAGUCAGGUCUGGUACUUUUUUUAUACAUCCACUCUUUCUCCAUCAGUCAUUUAGCCGCCAGAAAUUUAAUCUUAAUCUUGGUUAAAUUGAGGUUAAUUUUAGUUAAGAUCUUAAUCUAAAUUCAGAUGUUAAUCACCAUAGUUGGCAUGGAACACAAAUAAGGUAUUUCUAUGAAUCUGUACAUGUACUGUAUAUUUUAUAUUUAAAAUGUUACAUAUUGUGGUGUAUUUUGCUUCACAUUUGUCUUUAUGCCUUUUAAAGAAUACAAAAGUCCCUACGUUUAGAAGGCUCCAUGUUGGAUAAGAUGUUGUUUUAUCUUUUAAAUAUUUACUAAUUUGGAGUAUUGGAGCAAGUAUUUUAUGAAACUUAUUUGAAUCAUGGUCACAAUCUGUGUGCGUGGAGGUUGUUUCCCUGGUUUUUAAAUAUAACAUCCUUUUGUUGUUGUAUUUGGUACAAAUUUUACAUUUACUUACAGUAAAUUUAGUACAGUAAUCACAUAUUGUCCUCUGAGAAGUCAAAUGCUUAGAAGGAAGUUUUUUCUCUUGGUUGAAGUGUUAUAGUGCGUCAUGUUCAACAUGAGGUGAGCCUGAAACUUUUGAGAUGAUCAAAAGGCAAAUAAAUAGAUUAUCAAUAGUUUAAACAAUCUCCACUGUAAGUUCUGCAGGAAUCACUUUGUCUUAGCAGCUGCCUGUGCAGCAUACACUGCAACUGUUCAUUUAGUUUAACUUAAGUCCAAGCCAAGAUUAGCUGCUAACGUAUUCAUACUCAAACUCAGGUAAAGAUUCAACAAUGUUGAAUCUUCUUCAAUUUAAAUGCCAAUUGAUUGUUUCUUUGUAGUUUUUCUUUAGCACGUUGUGCCAAAUUUUGUAGCAGUUCUAUUAAUCAGGUGGCUACACAAAUUUUGUGGGUUUAAAAUCGCUUCUGUUUCUCUAUAUGUACAACAGCAGUGUUGACAGAUUUUACUGAUUGUACAUAAUAUUGUGAACACAUGAAUUAUAAAGAGAAUAUUGUAUUUUUUUAUUCAUUUGUUCAAAUGGUUUUAUAUUAUACUGUUGAAUAAAAUUCUAUUUGUUUACAGUUUAA